AUGGAGGUUCGAGAUGGAUUAACUACGUCUUUCUGGUUUGAUAACUGGAUGGGUACAGGGAAAUUGAUUGACGUCACAGGGGCCAUAGGCACAACGUAUCUGGGUCUUCCUCGCAGAGCGCUGGUGUAUGAUGUGGUCUCAAGAAAUGACUGGAGUUUGAGAAAUAAACGCAGCAGGAGGUUCCAGACUCUAUACAAUCAGAUACUCGCGAUGCCGGUCCCUGAUGCAGAUAGGGGAGAUGAUCUGGUUCUGUGGAAGCGAGGUGAGGAUGAUUUUCAAAACAGUUUCUCUACUACAAACACUUGGGAGCAAUUAGACCCAAAAAGCCGAAGGGGUGUGGACUAUGUAGAGAAAGGGAUGAGACAAGAGAUCAUCUCUUCUUUGUUUGUCCCUACUCUUUCACUGUUUGGGAAGGUCUGGUGA